UGAGGAAGUGAGAGACACCGACAUGUCGAGUUGUCUGUAGUGAUAUUUCGUCUCUACUUAAUUUAUUUUAAAACGUGGAGUCAUGGCAGCAAAGGUCCAGCAGCUCGAGUCUGUGGUGAUCCGAAGUUUGAGGCGGUUCAAAGAGCGAUAUUUCCCAGAUAAACUUGUUCAAGAUGACCUGAUGCCCACUGAGGACUCACAACAACAACAACAAACCGGACUUUUGGACUUUUUACCGGUGGACCUGCAGUUCCUCAUCAUGACCUUCCUGUCUCCUGCGGAUAUCUGCCGCCUGGGCGCCACCAGCUGCUACUGGAGGGCCAUGGUCAGGGACCCAUUACUGUGGAGGUACUUCCUGCUGCGGGACAUGCCGUACUGGUCCUCCAUUGAUAAUGUGACCAUGCCUCGUUUGGAGAUGCUGGACGCCCCGCUGAGCAGUGACGACGAGAGCCCUGAUGACAUGGAGGAAGGAGGAGAUAAAAGGAUGGAGCUUAAAUUUGACUACAUGUCAGAAUAUCUGAAAGCUUGCCCAUCCUCCAGACAGCAGUGGCUUCCCUCUCGACCGGCGUAUGAAGUUGUGACCUCCUUCCUCCAGUCACUCGUGCCAUCGUCUGAACCACGAUACGCCAUGUUUGGCCCUGGCAUGGAGCAGCUGGAUGUUUCUCUUGUCACGAGGCUGAUGCAUGCUCCAGAUGUGCUUCCUGUGUCAGGAACUCCACACAGGCAGAUAAAUGGUAUUGGCUCAGGAAUCAGUUACAUGUUCAACAACCAACACAAAUUCAACAUCCUGACUCUUUAUUCAACCAACAGGGCCGAGAGGGAGAGAGCCAGACAGCAGCAAGUCAGCAUCAGUAACAAACUUUUUACUAUUGAAAGAACUGAUGAGUCAGGCUGCCCAGUGUACAGUCCUGCUCCUCAGGUUCAACAAGUGUGCCAGGCGGUGGAUGGUUUCAUUUAUGUGGCCAAUGCAGAGCCCGGUAAAGGUGACGGAGAGUCUGAGGAAGCCCAGAUUCGGGCCGUGCUGAACUGUGCUGGAGGCUCCACACCCAAACCCCUGCUGGUGCUCUCCUGUGUGUCCAGAGAACAGCCGCAAGCAAUCAGCCAGCAAAACGACGAAGCAGACGAAGGCGGGAGGCGGUGUCGAACUCCCUGCGUUCACAUGGCACAGAGACUCGGCCUGCCGAAGAUCACGAACCGCUGGAUGGUUCAAGAUACAGUGGCAGAGUCCCUCUCAGGUCUUCUGGAUGGUAUUUCCUGGUUGCUGAAGUGCUCAGGAGUCAAACUUUAUGGGAGCUAGUUCAUUAACUCCUGCUGCUGCCAGAUGAAUUAAAACCACAGACCUCAGUGCAAUGUCAUCCUCACAACAAUACGCACUAAAGUAUUUCCCAAGUUUAUGUGCACCGUGUGUGCACCAAAUGUUUCCAGAUGGGAACACUGCACUUUAGAUUUAAUGACCUGGAUGAGCCGAAGAAGAGAUUACUCGAUAACGAUAAUGCAUCUGAAAGGCCAAAAAUAGCAUUUUUUACAAAAACAGCCAAAUGAAGAACAUCGCAGAACAGAGAGUUAUGCAAAUAUGUGGAUACUUCAUGGAAAAAAACUGAUGAACAAGAAGGAAAGCCAAAAUGAAUAAAGCAAAAACAAUCUACAGUUUAAUAAAACCUUCAAAAACACACCUUCUGCUUCAUAUUUAAUGUAACUUCACAUCAUUUCCAUUAUAUAACAGUAACAUUUGCCAGAUUACUUAAGAAUGGUCACAAAGCCAAAAGGUUUUUGAUUGAUGUACGUCGUGUUGAUGGUUGGGUUUUCAGUGAAAUGAGUUGAGUUCACAAGCAGUUUUAAAUCUUACCUUUUCAUAUGACAAAUAAUACUGAUUCUACACGACUUGUGAACACUUCAGUGAUAUUUUUCACAUCUUUUCUGUGUAGUAAAGAUUAAAGUAGAACAAUAUUUUAAAGUGAUUAAGAGUUGCACUUUUUUGCUUUAUUUAUUGAAAGUUGAAAUAAAUGAAUUGUUGGACUUUAAUUUUAAUUGUGAUCUGUCUGAUACACAUAUUAUGUGAGGAUUGGAGAUAUUUCCAUUCUAUUCUGUUCGUGUGUUGAGCCUAGAUGUUUCCACUGAGGUCAACCCUGAAAUGUAAAGUCAAAUCAGAGUCAGACUCAUAAAAAACUUUAUGCAUCCCGGAGGUGCACUUAGGAGGACGUGCACAGCAGCAAGGCACACAUAAACAUCAGCAUGACAUAAAAAUUGACAUCUGUAUGUCAGCAAGCAUGAAAGAUCAUUGUCUCAGCCACCAGGCUACAGAGAAGCUGCCUGUGUAACUCAUUUUUUCCCCCUGAAUUUUAAUGAUUGUGUAUGUUUUCUCAUAAUUUGCUGAAUAUAAACAUGCUUACAGAUUUACAGUAAAUUAGAUUUGCCCUCAUAAACACACCUGCAGUAUGUGAAAGCCCAGUCACACUCAUUGAUCUGACUGAACAAUACCAACCAAAUCAGCCUCUGAUAUAUUUUACACCAGUUCAACAUAAAAUACACAGAAAACUUUGCAAUGCAAAAAUAUUGUUUCAAAAUUCGCAGCCUAGCGUGACCUGUUUGCACCUUUUCUGGUUCAUUUGGCCUGAAAAUAGCACUCAUUCUUGCCUACUUUAAAACUGUGGCAAUAAAAUUCCAGCGCAAUUGCUGCACUUAAAUCAUUUCAUCUCUCCCUUUAUGUGUUCCUGUUCUGUGUGUCCUCUGAAAAUGACCACCUGUUCCAUAUUCAGUGUCCCUCCGGUAAUGUUCACAUGCUCCGCCGGCAACAAUGGAAUCACUUUUGCGGCAUGUGGGCUAUGACAAGAUAAUGUGCUCCGCCGACGCUCUUUUGUUCUUGUCCCCUAGGUAACCACAAAUCAUUGGUAAAAGUAUAUGACCCCAGGUACCAGCACUAUCAAAAUGUUCUUUAGACACAACUGUCAUUUUCAUGCACGUACAGUUUUAGAAUUUGACCAUGAUUGGUGCAAUUUGGAUGCAUUAAGCCGAGCUGAAUGCUAGUGGAGAGAGGCGAUUGGCUUUUUUUUUUUUCUUUCUCAGAAUUUAUUUUUAGGGAAAUGAUGGAUGAGUUAGCCACCGUGUGUGUGUGUGUGUGUGUGUGUGUGUGUGUGUGUGUGUGUAUGGGUGUUCUGAGGGAAGCAGGCGGAAAAAAUCCUACUUCUUAUCUCUACAUCAUAUCUCUCUGUUCCAAAUAAACAGGAUGUCUUCUUUCUUGGUCCUCACCCCUCUGUUAUUUACCUGUUUGUGUGUGUGUGGAUGUGUGUGAGGGAGAGAGCGCGAGCGUGAACCAGUGCUCCCACAGGCUGUCCAACAAUUAAGAUGUCCCACUUCAGGAAAGCUUUGCCACGUAAACCCUGGGAACUUGUUUAAGGGCAGGUAUGCAGGGGAAAAGUCUGUAAUCCUCUGUUAUUACUCUGUGAUCCUAAUGUUGCCAAUGGAGGCAGAAUCCUGCUGACUGGUGGCGUCUGCAUGCAUCAACAUGGGGUUUUUGUGCCUCCAGUCUGAAUGUAUGGAAAUAUGAAGGAGCUGCGCUGAUAAACUAAUUCUAUGGGAAUGCAUGUUAAGUCAAGAGAGCUGCAUUGUGUUUGCUACUUUGAGUUUGCACUUUGCAGUCAGGGUGUGUUGCAUCCACUGUUGGAACUUGUCUGAAUAGCAGGAUUUUCAAGGUUUGUUUAUUCAGACCGCAGACUGUGAACCAUUAGCAC